AUGAAGGAUGAGGGAAUAAAAGAAGGAGAAAUGAAGGAUGAAGGAAUAAAAGAAGGAGAAUUGAAGGAUGAGGGAAUAAAAGAAGGAGAAAUGAAGGAUGAUGGAAUAAAAGAAGGAGAAUUGAAGGAUGAGGGAAUAAAAGAAGGAGAAAGGAAGGAUGAGGGAAUAAAAGAAAUGAAGGAUGAGGGAAUAAAACAAGGAGAAAGGAAGGAUGAGGGAAUAAAAGAAAUGAAGGAUGAAGGAAUAAAAGAAGGAGAAAUGAAAGAUGAGGGAAUAAAAGAAGGAGAAAUAAAGGAUGAUGGAAUAAAAAGAUGA